AUGGCCUCCCCGAAUUCCCUCUCAUCCGCAUACAACAGCGACCUGUACCGCCAACCGCCGUCCCGACCGAUGUCCCGAUCCGCGGUUUCACGUUCCACUUCCAGACGGGCGUCCCCGGCACUCCAAGACCUACCAAUACGGGGAGCGUCUCACUCAAGACAAUACUCGGGUGAUAGCUCUGACGAUGAGGUGCCCGAACCCAAAUUCAGCGCCUCCGUAAAGGCUCUGUUGGAUGGCGAUGGACUCGGAUCUUCGCCGCAUCUACAGAAGGCCCCAGCACCCUCGCACGAGCGGCAGUGGGUGCCUGCCUCCAGACCUCAAAGCCAGUCACCGCGCACGCUUUCGCCUCACGACCAGUCAACAGGCAGCCCUGCGCCAAGGGUCGUUCGCAUUGGAGCCCUGUCUUCUGGCUCAAGGUUCUCGCGCGAGGGCUCUCCCUUAUCGAACAGCCAGACCGCAGAACCUGAGGCUCAGAACCGCUCUAAUGAUUUUAUUACGCCGGCGCCACGGCCACGCAAUGUACGAAUUAAUGUGUCGCGCAGCGGCACGCGCUCUCCCGCUUCUGUUUCACCUUCUCUGAAGCGUUCGUCUGAACGACAUUCUGGAGACGAGUAUGGUAGCGGGGAUCGGUCAGAUAGCGACCGCAAAUCCCGCUAUGAGGAUGACCCAGUAUUCCGAGCUGGCGCCUCGUCAGCACUGCGGGGUCGCAACGCAGAUGACAUUGGCCCCCAAAGCUCGCUGCGUGUCAAGAGAGUUGGGCGACUGACUGGUACCUUUUUAAACGGACCGGCACGAAGGGGUGUGCUGCGCAGACAGAGUGAAGAAAACAACGACGAAGAUCCGCAUCAAUACUUCUCUCAUGAUGGAGAGAGAGAGAACAUGGAACCUGAAGACGAUAACGCGGAAUACCAUGUCCGCAGUUCAGCAAAGCCAUCGCCUCCUAAAGUCUCCUGGGCGGACCCCAGUCCACCCCGCAUGAGUGAAUCAUAUCGACCGAGUCAUGUUGCCACUGCAUUUGCGGGCGAGGGCCUCUUUUCGAGGUCAUCGUCACCCAAGUCCCAUGGAUCUCAGUCCAAGUCAACACCUGCAUCUUCGGAAAUGUCCUCAAAGUCGUCUAGUGCAAAGGAACAGCCUGCCUUCAAAGUUCCCUCAUUACCCCCUCUUCCCUCGGCUCGGGACCAAGAGAACGAGCCGCCGUCGAUGUUCAAGCGAGCGAAGCCUCAGGGUUUGAGCGCCCUGGAAAAACCUGAAAAGUACUCGGUGGUUUACGACACCGACAAGAAGGAAGCAGCCGAAACACCAACCGGGAAUUCUCCACGCAAGAUCCUGGCGACACGAAGUAACAACACUCCCCACAGGCCUGCUCCUGCUCCACCAAAGACACUCGAGUCCGCCACUGGAACUGGUGGCGCUUCGCAAUCAUCUCGCAAGAAGAGGACGCAGGUCUCGAUCAACCACAAGCCCUUUACUCGGCUCGAUUGCAUCGGCCGAGGAGGUAGUUCCCGUGUUUACCGGGUCAUGGCAGAGAACUAUAAGAUUUUUGCGCUGAAGCGAGUCAACCUGGAAGAUGUCGACCCGCUGACCUUGGCUGGAUACAAGGGCGAGAUCGACCUGUUAAAGAAAUUGGAAAACGUGGAUCGUGUUGUGCGCUUAUUCGACUGGGAGCUCAAUUCUGAUAAGCACAGCCUCAGUGUUCUCAUGGAGAUUGGCGAGUCUGACUUGGAAAAAAUCCUCACAUACCGCCUCAACGCCGAUGAUGCCAUUUUUGACAUCAACUUCACUCGUUAUUACUGGAAAGAGAUGCUGGAGUGUGUCCAAGCUGUUCAUGACUGCAACAUUGUUCAUUCGGACUUGAAGCCGGCCAACUUCCUCAUGGUCCAAGGCCGGUUGAAAUUGAUUGAUUUUGGUAUUGCGAAUGCGAUCCAAGACAACACCGUCAAUGUCCACCGAGAACAGCAAGUUGGCACGCCAAAUUACAUGUCCCCCGAAGCCUUGGUUGAUUCCAACGCAUCAUUGGGAUUGCCGUCGAGCGUUGGCAAGAUGAUGAAAUUGGGGAAGCCCAGCGAUGUUUGGAGCUUAGGAUCCCCCUUCGCCAAGAUCGCCAAAUACUACGAACGUAUUAUGGCCAUCCCGAACCCUCGCGUGCAAAUCGAUUUCCCGGUUUUUGGCGUUGGUGGUGCCCCUGUCCCUCCUGGACUCAUUCGAACUCUGAAGCGCUGCCUGCAGCGUGACCAGACUCUGCGGCCCACAAUCGAAGAGAUGCUUGGCCAACGUGACCCUUUCUUGCACCCAGAAGCCCAGCUCGAGGGUGCCGUUCCGAUUACGCAGGAUAUGCUUGGCCGCAUUCUGGUCAAUGUCGUCAAUCAUUGCAAGGUCCGGGGUGCACCCAGAGAAGAAGAGCUGGCAGCAUGGCCAGCAGGAUUUUUUGCAAAGAUUAAAGCUGCAUUGGAAGAAGAAAAUGCCUGA